GUAAAAACCACCGCCUAAGAAAAUCCCCAGAGAGGCAAUCUUUGCCCUUUCGAGUUUUCUCCGUUACUUCACCUUCGGCGGCUCCCCACCAAUGUCAGAUUGCAAACUCUAAAGAAAUCAUAUGAUCUGAACUUUUAUCCACCAAAUCUCCAAAUUCCCACAUCAACCUCAGAGAUAAUUACAUAAAUUUGUGCAAAAAAGAUAAAUUAAAUCCUAAAGACAUGGCAGAUGCGUACUGCUCCGACUGCAGAAAGAGCACCGAGGUCGUGUUCGACCACUCCGCCGGAGACACCGUCUGUUCCGAGUGUGGACUCGUCCUUGAGUCCCAUUCCAUCGACGAGACGUCCGAGUGGCGUACCUUCGCCAACGAGUCAGGGGAUAACGAUCCUGUCCGUGUCGGUGGCCCUACCAAUGUCCUUCUCAACGACGGCGGCUUGUCAACCGUGAUUUCCAAACCUAAUGGCGUCACCAGCGAUUUCCUGUCAUCGUCUUUGGGACGAUGGCAGAACCGAGGGUCGAAUCCGGAUCGGUCUCUAAUCAUGGCGUUUAAAACAAUCGCAACGAUGUCUGACAGGUUGGGCCUUGUUGCAACAAUUAAGGAUCGAGCUAAUGAGAUAUUCAAGAAAGUAGAAGAUCAAAAAUCGAGUAGAGGAAGAAACCAAGAUGCAAUCUUGGCUGCUUGUCUUUACAUUGCAUGUCGUCAAGAAGAUAAGCCACGAACUGUAAAGGAAAUCUGUUCGGUUGCUAAUGGAGCAACAAAGAAGGAAAUUGGUCGUGCAAAAGAAUACAUUGUCAAACAACUUGAGCUUGAAAUGGGUCAAUCUGUAGAGAUGGGGACUAUACAUGCUGGUGACUUUAUGAGGCGUUUUUGUUCCAAUCUUGGUAUGACAAAUCAGACUGUUAAAGCUGCACAAGAAUCUGUCCAAAAGUCAGAGGAGUUUGAUAUAAGGAGAAGUCCAAUCUCUAUUGCUGCAGCUGUUAUUUACAUAGUAACUCAACUUUCUGAUGAUAAGAAACCACUCAAAGAUGUGGCACUUGCAACUGGAGUUGCAGAAGGGACAAUCAGAAACUCAUACAAGGAUCUUUAUCCUCAUUUGGUCAAAAUAAUACCAAGUUGGUAUGCCCAGGAAGAAGAUCUCAAGAACCUUUGUAGCCCUUGAUCUUGCUCUUGUUUUCCACCAGUUUCAAAGCCUUCA